GCAACUUUGGAUGAACUUCUGAUUUGAACACAGCAGAAGCGGCAGGCGGAGUGAACGGGCAGCAGACUCUCUAAACGGAUUUUUUUUUCACUCGACGUCCUUUAUGUGCAUUUAUUUUCUUCAAUGAACAAAAGCGACCGAUUGGUGAGGGGGUGAAUUUUGGUCAUUUCCUCCCACGCGAACGAAAGGAAAAGGUUGCAGUGCAAAGGUGCAGUGAAUGAAAAGGUGGUGGAAGCAGAAAACCAAAACAGGAAAGUGGCGUGCCACGCUUGUCAGUGCUCACUGCAACUUGAUGUUUCCCUUUGUUCAGCGGAACGGAGACGUGAGGACCAAAUGUGUUUUCAAGCGUCAUCACUUCUGUCCAUGGACAUUAUGUUAAAGCCAAACUAAAUUCAGCAAGACCCCCACUCUACCCCUGAACCCUAACGUCAUCAUGACCAGCCUGAAGCGUUCCCAGACAGAGCGUUCCGUCGGGGGCUCAGUGCCAGCUACUGAUGAGUUUUACACUCGCCGACUGCGUCUGCCCAAUGGAGGGGCGCCACCGCCUCGCAGUGAGAGUGCACACAUUUCUUCCUCCUCCACCACUGGCACCAACCCCGGAGUCCCGAAGAUGGGGGUUCGGGCUCGAGUGGCUGACUGGCCCCCGAGAAAAGAUGGAGGAGGAGGAGGUGUUUGGCAUAUCACAGUGGAAACGGACUCACCCAGCUCCACCACCACCAGCUCCUCUGGAUCAGGAAGUGGAGAUCGAGAACGACUUGUGGGAAGCGGCGGUGGAGGAGGGGGCGGCGUCUCGGCCGUCGCGGCCCACAGUAAUUUAUCAGCCAAGCUGGGACAUCUCAUCAGCCCUCAAGACUCGUCCAUGCUCCGCAACAUCCAGAACACGCUGAAGAACAAGAUGCAGAUGAAGGGGAAGGAUAACCGCUUUUUGUCACCCGACGGUUAUCUCGGCUCGCCCCGUAAGGGGAUGAGGCGAAUCCGUCAGCGGAGUAACAGCGAUAUAACGAUAAGCGAACUGGACGUGGACGGUAACGAGGGCUGGUCUUUCUCCGGGUGGACUCCCAUGCACCGAGAGUACGGCAGCACCUCGUCCAUAGAUAAACACGGGGUCUCAGGGGAGAGUUUUUUCGACAUGCUCAAAGGAUAUCAGUCGUCCGAGGCCCCCGAUCAACGGAGUCCCGCACCGGAAAGGUUAACCGAGCUGCUCACCGUCGCACCUGUGAAACAGAGCGCCCUGGAUUUGCCCGAUGGCUCCUUGGGUCCAGCCAGAGGUAGUCCCGCCAGUCGUCUUAAAGAACGAGAGAAGCACUUGAAAAGGAGGUCCAAGUCGGAGACGGGCGGCGAGUCGAUAUUCCGCAAAUUGCGUAGUGUGAAGGUCGAGGGUGACACUUCAAGAGCUGGCUCGGACGCUGAGGAUGGAGUUAAAGGGGAUGAGAGUUUACCCCCUCCCAAACCUUGGCUGUGUCAAAAAGGCUUCGCUCAUUUUGACGUCAACUCGUUACUCUUUGACCUCAAUGAGGUCAUCCAAAGCCGGCAGUCGGGAGCCAAACGCAAGAACACCACGACGGGGGCAUCGGCCGCCGCCGCCGCUUCUGCUUCGGCGACAUCAUCGCUCUCUUCCAGUCAGAGCGUCGUCUACGCUUCACCCUGCGGCUCACAAGAAGAAUUGAGCAAGGAUGGGGUAGGAGGACACGGGACCAAUCCGGCCUUGGACCCGGGUGACGACAAGAGCAACGACCUCGUGCUCAGCUGCCCGUGUUUUCGGAACGAGAUUGGUGGAGAGUGCGAGAGGAACAUCACUCCUGCUAAACAACAAGGCAGCAUCGGCAGCGGUGGAAGCUCAAGCAAUUCUGCCGGCAGUCCAGAAGAAGGUCCGUUGGAAGCUGCCCUCACGAGCCAUUUUACAAACGCCGGUGUCGCCGUCCUGGAAGCCAUGAAAGACGGCGUGAGUCAACAUGCUGACCGCUCCAAAAGAUAUAUCGUGGAACACGUCGACCUCGGAGCCUAUUACUAUCGAAAGUACUUCUACCUCCGAGAACACUGGAACUACUUAGGGGUGGACGAGAACUUAGGCCCGGUGGCUGUGAGUCUCAGGAGGGAGAAGCUGGAGGAACAUAAGGAGCAUGGGCAGCAGUACAACUACCGGGUCAUUUUUCGAACGAGCGAGUUAAACACCCUGCGAGGCUCCAUCAUCGAAGAUGCAGUGCCUUCUACAUCGAAACACGGCUUAGCAAGAGGCCUGCCCCUCAAAGAAGUGUUGGAGUACCUGGUGCCCGAGCUGAACGUUCACUGCCUGCGCCUGGCACUCAACACGCCCAAGGUCACCGAGCAGCUCAUGAAGCUGGACGAGCAAGGGCUGAGUUUCCAGCGCAAAGUGGGAGUGAUGUACUGCAUGUCAGGCCAGAGCAGCGAGGAAGAAAUGUACAACAAUGAAUCAGCCGGACCAGCGCUGGAGGAGUUUCUUUAUCUUCUCGGGGAGAGGGUUCGACUCAAAGGCUUUUCAAAGUACCGGGCCCAGUUGGACGCUAAAACUGACUCGACUGGCACGCACUCCUUGUAUACGACUCACAAGGAUUAUGAAAUCAUGUUCCACGUGUCCACCAUGCUUCCUUAUACGCCCAACAAUAAACAGCAACUCCUACGGAAGCGCCACAUUGGAAAUGACAUCGUCACCAUUGUAUUCCAAGAACCCGGAGCGCUCCCCUUCACCCCCAAAAACAUUCGCUCACACUUCCAACAUGUCUUUGUGGUGGUCCGGGCACACAACCCUUGUUCGGACAAUACGGCUUACAGUGUGGCCGUGACCCGUUCUAAAGACAUGCCUUCGUUCGGACCUCCUAUCCCAGAGGGCGUGACUUUCCCCAAGUCCUCUGUGUUCCGGGACUUCCUACUCGCCAAGGUCAUCAAUGCCGAGAACGCCGCCCACAAGUCUCACAAGUUCCGCGCCAUGGCCACACGAACCCGCCAGGAGUACCUGCGUGACCUGGCCGAGCGGCACACCACCAGCACGCCCAUUGACCCGUCCGGAAAGUUCCCCUUCAUCUCACUGGCCCACAAAAAGAAGGAGAAAAGCCGGCCGUACACGGGAGCCGAGUUGCGCAGUCUCGGGGCGAUCACCUGGCUGGUCCACGCCGAAGAUCCCGGGACCGGAGGGGAGAUCGAUGCCCUUCUUGCCAUUUCUAACGAUUUCCUCAUCCUGUUGGAUCAAGACGCAAAAGCCGUGGUUUUCAACUGCGCCACCAAAGACGUGAUCGGCUGGACGCUGAGCAGCCCGGCAUCUCUCCGCGUUUUCUACGAGCGGGGAGAAAGCGUGUCGCUGAGGAGCAUCAGUAAUAACACGGAGGAUUUCAAAGAGGUGAUCAAACGCCUGGAGUUCCUGACAAAAGGCUGCGAGACUUCUGAAAUGACACUCCGUCGAAACGGCCUUGGACAGCUCGGCUUCCAUGUAAAUUACGAAGGCAUCGUCGCUGAGGUGGAGCCGUACGGCUACGCGUGGCAGGCGGGCCUGCGCCAAGGAAGUCGCUUGGUGGAAAUCUGUAAAGUUUCCGUGGCCACGCUGACUCACGAGCAAAUGAUCGACUUGCUGCGCACCUCGGUGACCGUGCGGGUUUCCAUCAUCCCGCCGCAUGAUGAUGCCACACCCCGCAGGGGCUGUUCCGAGCUCUACCGCAUGCCAAUGGGCGACUACAAGAGCAGCAGUAAUGAUAGCGGCUCCUUUGAAUACAAGUUCCCCUUCCGCAGCAACAACAACAAGUGGCAGAGGACAUCCAGUAGCCCCCAGCAGUCCUUGACUGCUUCACCACAGCCUCACACGCCCAACAGGGCCAUCAGCCUGGGUAGUUCAGUGGGGAAGACCUUGUCAGCCGAGAGGCUGGAGAGGGGCGCAGUCAUCCCCCGAAGUGUCAGCAGUGAUGGCCGCCCACUGGAGACCAAGAGGAUAUCUCCCGGCGGCGAGAGCUACAGCCUGGCCUCCUCUCUGGCUCUGGGUCGCUCGCCUCAUAAUCGCAGCUCUCCCAGUAACCUGUCGUGUUCUAGCGACGCCUCCGGCAGCUCAGCCCACUGGAGACAGAAGUCCAUGCCUGAGCAGUUCGCAGGGAGUCGCCACUCCCCAAUGUCCAAUGAGAGACAAGUUGUUGGCGAGAGCGGGUCAAGUGGAAAGUCCGCCCCUAAUUGGUCCCGAAUGGAGGAUGGAGUUGGUGAGCGAGGGUCAACAGAGGCACCUGUCUCUAAAUCUGGGCAAGGUUACUCCGGAGGACCGCGCAUUCAACGACAGGAGCAGGUCAUUCACCUGUCUCCGAAGAAAGGCAGUCAGUCGGACGGUCCUUACUCUGGCCACUCCAGCAGUAAUACGCUUUCAAGCACGGCUUCCAGUGGGGGCCACAGCGACAGCGAUAAAUGGUACGAAAUGGGGGCUGGCGGAGCCUCCAGCGGGGAGCAAGGCGAGCCAGAGCCCAACGGCCUCGGAGGCGGCGGCUACCUCCAGGGCGCCUCGGCCGACAGCGGCAUCGACACCGGCUCGUACGGCGCCUCGCACCACAAUCACCCGCACUCUCAUCACGGCAGCACCACGUCCCUGCUCGCUCCCAGCGGAGGUCGCGAGAGCCGGGAUCGCUCGCCGUGGCACAGCCCCACCGAGGGCGGACGCAGAAUGCUGGAGAGGUCGCCGGCAGCCGCCGAGUCGCCGGUUCCUCCGGUGGAAAGGAGCCUGGAUAGUACCGGACGAACGCCUCCGACUCAUCUCCUUGUUCGAGACAGCAGCACUUUCAGUUUGAGUGAAGGUGGAUCUCACUCAAGGUUGGUCAAAGCAAAAACUUGUUUGGAUGGGCAAAUACUAAACUAUCCACAUUUCAGACAUGGCUCUCCCCGGGAAGAGACCUCCUCGACCACUCCGCCAUCAUCCCAGUCGUCGGCGUCUCCUGGACCAAAGAGCUUUUACCCUCGCCAGGGAGCUCAGUCCAAAUACCUGAUAGGCUGGAGGAAGCCUGGUUCCACCAUCAAUUCCGUUGACUUUGGAGACACACGCAAGAAAUCCCCAGGGGAGAGUGGGAUGGAGGGUAUUCCGACUCCCGCGGCCAGACCUUCUCUGAGGGACAUGCACUCUCCACAGCCCCAUGCCAAGUCUACGAUUGAAGAAGAUGGAAAGAGGCACCCUGCAAAGGAUAGCCCGCUCCCGCCCCGCAGACAUAAGGAAAAGCAUGCCCAGAAAUCGCCACCGAGCCAAGCCCCGAGCCGCCGCCGCUCGCUCCAUCGCACUCUUUCCGACGAGAGCAUCUACCGCGGCCAGCGCCUUCCGCCGCUGACCGACACCGUAAUGGACGCCGCACUCGGCGCCGAUGUUCUUUUCAGUUGCUCCACGCUCCCGCGCUCACCCACUACCCGUGGGGUACCACUUCGAAGGCCCUCCUAUAAACUAGGCGUCAAACUUCACGGUGACCUUUCGGCAUCCGACACGUCGUUGGUGGAUUUGGUGGAGCGUCAUCGUGGCCCUCUGCCUCAGGAGCUGAUGCCCCUCCCGUCGGAGAGAGACAGUCCACUUGACUGGACACACCUUGUGGAUGUGGCCAACACCUUUGACAGUGAAAGAACCACACACUAUGUCCAAAGAAGUUACGUGUUUGGGGAUUCGAACCACAGAAGCAGCGGUGCCUCCAGUCCUCAGCAGAGCCACAUUGAGCUGCAACCUGCUCCCAUGUCCCGCCCUGCAUCAAGUGAGGGCCAUCUAGGACUGGAGAGGAAGGUGACCAAGUUAGAGGCCAUGGUGAAGAUGCUCCAAGAGGACCUGAAGAAGGAGCGUGACGAGAAGGUGCGGCUUCAAGCUCAGAUCAAGAGGCUGUGGGAGGACAACCAGAGGCUUCAGGAAGAGUCUCAGACCUCCGCCGCCAAGCUGAAGAAGUUCACCGAAUGGGUCUUCAACACCAUCGACAUGAACUGACACUCCUCAAGGCACAUGAACGGCAGCCCCCGGUUAAAAAUCUGGUCACUGAUUGGCUGGACACAACAGUCGCUCAUCUCGCUGUGCUCCUUUUUUUUUGACCCAAGAGGGAAACCACGCCCCCCUUUCUGUAGACCUGAGGAACCGCCAGUUAUUAUGAACAAAAGCCAUUUCUUGUCACACUGAAGGUUAGCUGAGAUAUUCAGUGGACCUCCUCCAACGCACAGAGAAUGUAACCAUUCUUGCAUAAUGAGCUGCUUGCCCACCAAACUGUGGGGAAGGUUUUUUUUUAUCCCCUCAACGGAGAAUGAAAAUAUCUGAGGCUGGAUUUUUACCUUUCUCCCUGCACAGCGCCAAUUGUUUUGAAUGCUCCCCAGUUUUUUUUUUUUUUUUUUUAUUGUUUUUUCGACCAGCACUGAAGGAAAACUUUUUUUUUUGUUUUAACGUCAAUGUUAUUUCCUCUGGGAAGGUGAUAACAACAACAACAACAACCCGAUCCGUCCUCGACAGCACAGGCCAGCCUCCCCUCCGACAAUAGGAAUAACGUUAAAAGCCAUCGGCAACGGUGCCACGCCAUAACUUCAAGACUUCUACCCUGGAGCGCUUUGUAUCUUAAAAGCAAUAGGAAGAAGACAGGACAGAAAUCCCUGGAAAGGUUUGAAAAGGAUUCUCAUCAUCACAGAACUGCGAAACAUGAGCCUCCAUCUCCUCUUCACUUUAAAGCGGCGAAUUUCCUCCUGUGAUAAAGAAGACUGGAAUUGUGAUCAUUUUGAAUUUUUGGAGAGGAUGACUAUGAAGGGUUUAUUUAUUUCCGUGUAUUAUAAUUCCAAUGAAUAAGUUGCUCUAUUCGUACAGUACACCUGACAUCAGUGUUUAGUUUGUCAAGAAGAAAAAAAAAAAAAAACUCGGUAACUAUAUAAUUUAAUGGCUUUCUUUCUUAAUCGUGGCUAGAGGCAUUCUGUGUAAUGUUGUUUCGUGGUGCUCGAGCCUGCUGUCGUGUUUCUUUCAGCGCCAUUUAGUGAUGACCAGUGCAACUACUAAUGGUUAUUCGACGUGCUGCCAGUUCGUACACUUUGUAUUUUUCUUCUCGGAAUAUUCAUCGGAAGGGCCGCGGGACAAAAAAAAAAAGAAAAAACUGUGGCACAUCAGAAUUUGACUGACAAUCAAAGGUCGAUGUUUGGAUAAAGGGAGCUGAGCUUGUUCGAUUCACUUGUGUACUUUCCCCUCAGGUGUGUGAACGUGAGGAUGCUCGGGCAAAAAAAAAAAAAAAAAUCUAACUAGAAAAUUGUGGCGUGUGUGAAUGU